GAUUUAGGAAAGAACACGCCUAUGACAUCAGUGGGUUUUCAAGAAAAUAAGUCGCUGAAACUGUGCAGCAAAGUAAGAAGGGGGCCAGAGGUGCCUUCUCGAGGUCUAAAUAUAAAUCCUAAAGGACUCAGAUCUGCAUCGAGAGCUCACAAGGGAAAUAGGACUUGUAAACUUUUUGAGAAGACAUGUCAACUUCGGACGAGACAGACGGUUUCCGACCUAGAUAUGGGUCUGUUCUGGAUGGCAUGGAGCGGCUCACUGCUGAGGAGAUGGAUGAGCGGCGUCAACAGAACAUGGCCUAUGAAUACCUGUGCCAUUUGGAAGAGGCUAAACGAUGGAUUGAAGCGUGUUUAAAUGAGGAUCUCCCGCCCACCACUGAGCUGGAGGAGGGCCUGAGGAAUGGCGUGUACCUGGCCAAGCUGGGAAACUUCUUUGCUCCCAGUGUGGUCUCUCUCAAAAGGAUCUAUGACCGCGAACAAACACGCUACAAGGCCACCGGGCUCCAUUUCAGACACACAGACAAUAUCAUCCAAUGGCUGAAUGCAAUGACAGAUAAGGGCCUUCCUAAGAUUUUCUAUCCUGAGACAACAGACAUCUACGACAGGAAGAACAUGCCCCGCUGCAUCUAUUGCAUACAUGCUCUCAGCCUCUACCUGUUUAAACUUGGCCUUGCGCCCCAGAUUACAGACCUGUAUGGCAAGGUCGCCUUCACAGAGGAGGAGAUUAACAACAUGAAGAUUGAAUUAGAGAAGUACAACAUUCAAAUGCCAGCAUUCAGCAAAAUUGGUGGGAUUUUGGCCAACGAGCUAUCAGUGGACGAAGCAGCCUUGCACGCUGCUGUGAUCGCCAUCAAUGACGCCAUUGACCACGGAGUCCCUGAAGGCACUCUAGCUGCCAUGAGAAACCCAAAUGCCAUGUUACUGCAGCUGAAUGAAACCGCUGCCCAGCAGUACCAGGACACCCUGUUCCAGGCCAAGACUGAGAAAGUGGCCAACUCCCGAAAGAGAAUUGGAGAGAAUGCUGAGGCUGAAAGGGAUGUUUACGAUGAGCUGCUCACACAUGCUGAAAUCCAGGGAAACAUCAACAAAGUCAAUUUGACCAAAGCAUUGAAUUCAGCAGAACAGGCCCUACUGAGUGGUGAUGAGGACAAGCUGUAUGACACUCUCCGUUCCCCUGCGUUAGGCCUGCAGUCAGUGCAGGCUCAGAACAAGGGAUGGUACCUCAAACAGCUGCUGGCCGAUCGAGAGCAGAAGGAACAGGUAACAGUGCUGCGGGCGGUGGAGAGGAUUAAUGCUGCUAUCAGAAAAGGUGUAGCAGAGGAAACGGUGAAUGAACUGAUGAACCCAGACGCCCAGCUGCCGCAGGUUUACCCUAGUGCUGCAGAUCUGUACCAGAGAGAACUCGCCAGCCUGCAACAGCAGAGCGCAGAGGGCUCUUUGUCACACCCCGAGCUGCUGGUUGCCGUGGAGAUGCUGUCCUCGGUGGUGCUGAUAAACGAGGCACUGGAUGUAGGGGACAGGGCAGCAGUGUGGAAACGGCUCAGCAGUACCCUCACCGGCCUCAGCAAUGUAGAGGACGAGUACGCCCAGAGAUAUAUAGAUGAGUUGAUGCGUCUGAAGGCAGCUGCGCAUGAAGAGGGUAGUGACUUUCUCACCUGGAAUGACAUCCAGGCCUGUGUGGACCAGGUCAACAGUACUAUUCAAGAGGAACAUGAAAGGAUUGCCGCUAUUGGUCUGAUCAACGAGGCUCUGGAUGAGGGUGACCUACAGAAGACAAUGGCUGCUUUACAGAACCCAGCCGCCAAGCUAACAGACAUCGAUCCAUCUUUGGCUCAGCAUUACUAUGAUAUACUGCAGGAGGCAAGGAGAGAGAAGGCCCACGAAUGCGGAGAUCCUUCUGCAGUGCUUUGGUUAGAUGAGAUCCAGGAUGCGAUCUUAAGAGCCAACAAGGACUCAGAGGAUGCUCUGCAGUUCUCUCAGGCGAUCCAGGCCAUUAAUGAGACGGUGGAUAACAAGGACUCUUCUCAGACACUGGCAGCCCUGCGUUCACCUGCUGCUGGUCUGUAUGGAGUCACAUCUGAAUGUGCUCAGACCUACCAGGAUGACCUGUUUCGGAUUAAAGAGGACAAGAAAAAGGAAGGGGAUAAUGGCAGUGAAUGGAUGAAACAUUGGGUGAAGGGAGGACACAACUACUACUAUAACCUCAAGACUGGACAAGGCACCUGGGAAGAGCCUGCAGACUUUAUUCCAAACAACACUGAGCUCAACAAGGAGGAAAUACAGUCUGUUGUGUCAGGAGUAACCACAGCAUAUAACCGAGAGCAACUGUGGUUGGCCAAUGAGAGUCUGAUCGCCAAGCUGCAGGCCCGGUGCCGUGGUUUUCUGGUGCGACGUGGAACGAAAGAUCGUCUUGGGUUCUUGAAGUCUCAGGAGCCGUCUGUCACAUGCAUACAGGCCCACUGGAGAGGCUAUAAGGACAGAAAGAAGUACAGUGACAGGAAGCAGUACCUGAAGGAUCAUGCUGAUGAUGCUGUCAAGAUUCAGUCAAUGGUCAGGAUGCACCAAGCUCGCAAAAAAUACAGAGAUCGCCUGCAGUACUUCAAAGACCAUAUAAAUGAUGUGGUGAAAAUUCAGGCUUUCAUUCGAGCCAACAAAGCAAGAGAUGACUACAAAACACUCAUCAAUGCAGAUGAUCCUCCAAUGGCAGUUGUUCGUAAGUUUGUCCACCUGCUGGAUCACAGUGAUCAGGACUUCCAGGAAGAGCUGGAACUGAUGCGGCUGAGAGAAGAGGUAAUCACUAACAUCCGCUCCAACCAGCAGCUGGAGAACGACCUCAAUCUGAUGGACAUCAAGAUCGGCCUGCUGGUGAAAAACAAGAUCACCCUUCAGGAGGUGGUCUCUCACAGCAAGAAGCUCACCAAGAAGAACAAGGGUGAGCUGUCCAACCUCAUGAUGAUGAACAAGCAGAAAGGAGGCCUGAAGGCACUUAGUAAAGAGAAGAGGGAGAAGCUGGAGGCAUAUCAGUUCCUCUUUUACCUGUUACAGACAAAUCCAACCUAUCUGGCCAAGCUGAUCUUUCAGAUGCCACAGAACAAGUCCACCAAGUUCAUGGAUUCUGUCAUUUUCACAUUGUACAACUAUGCUUCUAAUCAGCGUGAAGAGUACCUCUUGCUCAAUCUCUUCAAAACGGCCCUGCAGGAGGAAAUCAAAUCAAAAGUGGACCACAUCCAGGAGAUUGUCACAGGAAACCCAACAGUCAUUAAGAUGGUGGUGAGCUUUAACAGAGGAGCCCGAGGUCAGAACGCACUCCGGCAGAUCCUGGCUCCGGUCGUGAAGGAAAUCAUGGAUGACAAGACGCUCAACAUUAAAACUGACCCAGUCGACAUAUACAAGAGCUGGGUGAACCAGAUGGAGAGUCAAACUGGAGAGGCCAGUAAAUUGCCGUAUGAUGUGACUCCAGAACAGGCAAUGAGUCACGAGGAGGUUCGAACCCGCCUGGAAGCCUCCAUCAAGAACAUGAGGACAGUCACAGACAAAUUCCUCUUAGCCAUAAUUGUUUCUGUGGAUAAAAUCCCAUAUGGCAUGCGGUUCAUUGCCAAGAUGCUGAAGGACACGCUUAACGAAAGGUUCCCUGAUGCCACAGAGGAUGAGCUUUUGAAGAUUGUGGGCAACCUGCUGUACUACCGCUACAUGAACCCCGCCAUUGUGGCUCCUGAUGCCUUUGACAUCAUUGAUCUAUCGGCUGGAGGUCAGCUGACCACAGAACAGAGGCGAAACCUGGGAUCAGUCGCCAAAAUGCUGCAACACGCAGCCUCCAACAAGAUGUUCCUCGGAGACAACGCCCAUCUGAACCCCAUCAAUGAAUACCUCUCUAACUCCUACCAGAAAUUUAGACGUUUCUUUUUGUCUGCUUGUGACGUUCCAUCUUUGGAAGACAAGUUCAAUGUGGAUCAGUACUCUGACCUGGUCACCUUGACCAAGCCUGUGAUCUACAUUUCCAUUGGGGAGAUCAUCAACACUCACACGCUCUUGCUAGAUCACCAGGAUGCCAUCGCACCAGACCACAAUGAUCCUAUUCAUGAGUUGCUAGAUGACCUGGGAGAAGUGCCCACCAUUGAGUCUUUAAUAGGUGAGAGCCCACUUCCCCCUGAUGAUCCUAAUAAGGAAAUGAUGGGUAAGACAGAAGUCUCUCUCACCCUCACCAACAAAUUUGAUGUUCCUGAUAAGGCCAAUGCUGAAAUGGAUGCCAAGACUCUCCUCCUCAACACCAAGAGGCUCAUAGUAGAUGUGAUCAGGUUUCAGCCAGGAGAGACACUUAAUGAGAUUCUGGAGACUGUAGCUUCACCAGAGCAGGAAGCCGAGUACCAGCGUGCCAUGCAGCGACGAGCCAUUCGAGAUGCUAAGACCCCGGAGAAGAUGAAGCAAGCCAAACCAGUUGUGGAUGACAGUCUUACUUUGCAAGGCAAGAAGGACAAAAUCAAGAGCAACUUGCAAAGGCUAGGAGAGUUGGGCAAAGUUCACCCUGAGAAGAAAUACCAGGAUCUUAUCAAUGACAUCUCCAAGGACAUCCGGAACCAGAGGCGAUACCGUCAGAGGCGAAAGGCAGAAUUGGUGAAGCUUCAGCAGACCAAUGCUGCCCUGAACUCCAAGAUCAAUUUCUACAAUGUGCAGAUUGACUACUACAAUCAAUACAUCAAGACCUGCAUGGACAAUCUAGCCAGAAAGGGCAAAGUUUCUAAGAAACCUGGAGACAAUAAGGCGAAGAAGAGCAAGCAGGUAUCGCAGAAGUACACAGCAGCCCGUCUGCAUGAGAAGGGAGUGCUCAUUGACAUCGAGGACCUGCAGCCAAAUCAGUAUAAGAAUGUCAUUUUCGAGAUCUCACCAUCUGAGGUUGUAGGCGUGUUUGAUGUGAAAGCUAAGCUUAUGGGAGUCCAUUUGGAGACAUUGAUGUUAGAAUACCAGGACCUGCUCCAGUUGCAGUACGAGGGGGUGGCAGUAAUGAAGCUGUUCGAUCGAGCUACUGUAAAUGUUAACCUCCUCAUUUUCCUGCUCAACAAAAAGUUCUACGGCAAAUAGAAACUCAGAGGGACUUGACAGACUGUUUGAUUCAAAGUGAAGCCCAGACCACAUUCAUCUUUAAAGUUUAAAUGUCUUUCCUGCACUGCUCUGAGUGUGCCUUUCUUGAAGGAUAAAUUCCUUGAAUGUACAUUAUCAAACUUGUCGUAGACCACCAACCUGUAUCUUCAGGAUAUUUAACGGUUGGCUGUUUUCUGUUUUUAUUGAGAUGUAAGUGUCCAAAAGAGUAUCAAUAGUAGUUUGCUUUGAUUUUUUUGCAAACUGUGCUUGCAUGAGCUUUGAAUACUGUAUAUGUUAUAUGAAAAAUGAACAUUUUUAUUACCUAAUCUAUCCUUAGGGAGAAACAAUUUGAAAAUUGUUUCUAAGUAUCCUUAUCGUCUAGGAGAGUGAUGAGUGUUAUAGCCACAUUCCUCCAAAUGUUACCAAAAUAUAUUUAUCAGAGUAAUAUUUGUUUCUUUAUUUGUAAAAACCUGAAUAGGUAUACUUCAUUGGCUAGUCGAAAAAUGAGUUGCUGGAAAAUACUUUUUUUUUUUUUUUU